UUAAUGUGCGUUUUAUUUCCCUCUCUCUUGGUCUUUCACUCUUCACCUCGUUUACUCUCGCUCCUGCGUGUUUUAUUUCCCUGUAUCUCGUGCUAUCAUGCGCACCCCUUCCUCUCCCUCUUUUUCGUGCGUUUUCUCGGCAACCAAACAGCACGUUAGGCAUUCGCAUUUCUGUUUCCGCCUUUAGUCUGUUCUGAAGAUUGAGCUCGUGAGGAUCUUGAUUUUCGAGAAUUACUGUGCGAUUGUCCACGUAGACGAACGUGUUGUGGAGUAGGACAGGACAAUUUUGCGACCAUGGAGGCGACGUGUGGUGCAGCGCUGCAAUUAUCUACGCUAAUAACCGGUUCGAAGCGGAAUGUGGCGCUGGUGCCGUUGAAUCAGAGAGUCAGGAAGGAAUGUAUGAUGAAGAUAUGUGAUUUUCGGCGGAAAAGUGUGUGCACGCGCCAGAGACGGUUCGAUUAUGGACUACUUUCACACUCUUGUAAUCAUUCACAUGUACUGGAAUCUGGAAACUCUUAUGCUUCUUUUGACGAGGACUGGUUGUUAAAGAACAAGUCACAGGAGGUCACUUCAUACUUAAAUGGGCGCUCCAUAUUUCUCGUGGGAAUGAUGGGCUCUGGAAAAACAACAGUGGGCCGGAUCUUGUCAGAAGCAUUAGGGUAUUCUUUUACAGACAGUGACAGAUAUGUAGAACUGGCUAUGGGUGGAACUUCUGUGGCUCAAAUCUUUGAACAGCGUGGUGAGGGCUUCUUCAGAGAUCACGAGAGUGAGGCAUUGCGGAAAUUGUCUUUAGUGCCCAGGCAAAUUGUUUCCACUGGAGGUGGUGCAGUGGUUCGCCCUGUCAACUGGAAGUAUAUGAGGCAGGGGAUCACUGUCUUUUUAGAUGUACCUCUUGAUGCCUUGGCAAGGAGGAUUGCUGCAGUGGGAACUGAUUCUCGCCCUCUCUUGAAUUUCGAAUCGGGAGAUGCUUACACAAAGGCUUUUGUGGGACUGUUUACUCUUACCAAGAAGAGAUCCGAGGCAUAUGCUGAUGCUGAUGUUACAAUUUCCCUUCUAGAUCUUGCAGCCAACCUGCGUCUUGAAGAUGUGUCUGAUAUCACACCAACUGUAAUUGCAAUUGAGGUACUCACACAAAUUGAGAAAUUUCUUGGGGGUAAAAAUGGCAGGUCCCUCCGAUUCUAUCCUUAACUAAUCCAAUGCCUUUGGUUCUUGCUCCUCCAUUCCUCCAUAGUUUAUAUGUAUCACUAGCAAUGCAUUUUUUUUGGUAGCGUUGUUGCAAUAAAAUAGAAAGUUAAUUCUUUCCGGUUAAUAAAAGCAUUAAUUCUAGAGUGCCCAGUAAAAUAAAAUUUACAAGCGGUCCUCUUGGUAGGUUUGUCU